AGCGGUGAAUCAGCCGCCCUGUUUUCGAAGUUAAGAAGUUUCUCCAUCGGCAGCGGGCCAAAUUCGCCCCAGCGUGUUGUCUCCAAUCUACGGGGUUUUAUAACAAAUCGUUUGAGUAACAUAGCACCAAGUGAUACAGGUUGUGGCCACCACUAAACAAACGAACAAAGCCAACUCAUCCUACGGCCAAGCUGGUGUCACCCAAUAACAACCGCUAAACAAAUAGAUGCCCCCACCCAAGCCGAGAAGCGGAGCAAAGCAACAGCCAUAGGGGAUUCUGAAGAGGAAGGAAACAACACGAAUAAAUUAUGUGCCUGAAUUUUUAAAACAUACAACAACAACAACAACAAACAAGCCCUAACUAUAUACAACAACAAAAGAGCAAGAAUAGAAAACCCCAAAAUUAUGGAGGCUGAUUGUUAACUCUUUUUUAAUUCAAUUCAAAUUCAUGCCAAUUUGAAUCGAAUUAUUUCAAAUCCCAAAAAAACUUUUUUGAAGUACAAAACGAAAAGGAGAGGAAAAAAUAUCAACCCGAACCCUAGCAUUUAAGACAAGCAACAACAACAAUUUAGUUAAUUUACCCUUUUAAGAACCCACACCGCGAAAAAGAGAACACAGCCCACAAAAUGUCUUCGUUUACCAUACCCGUCAUCAAUCUGGAGGUGAAAGAGGUGAAGGAAAUCGUCUGGGAAAAAAUCCAGGAACCGGUCAAUCAACGACGUCUGGUACUGGUCAUUGUAUCGAUUGCCCUGCUGCUAGACAAUAUGUUGUAUAUGGUGAUAGUGCCUAUCAUACCCGACUAUCUGAGAGAGAUUGGCAGCUUCGAAGUGGAUGAGGUAACGCCUGGACCCAUACGUGAUAAUCGCACAGGUGCCAUAAUACCCGUCCAUCAUGACCAUCAUGGGCAGGACUCGGCCACGGGUAUACUCUUCGCCUCCAAGGCCAUUGUCCAGCUAAUGGUGAACCCCUUCUCCGGAGGACUUAUCGACAAGAUUGGCUACGACAUACCCAUGAUGAUUGGUCUCACAAUUAUGUUCUUCUCGACAGCUGUCUUUGCAUGCGGCAGCAGCUACAGUGUCCUGUUCUUUGCACGGUCUCUACAAGGAGCUGGUUCAGCAUUUGCUGAUACCUCUGGCUUGGCUAUGAUUGCCGAUCGCUUUACCGAGGAAAACGAACGUUCGCAGGCCCUCGGUAUUGCCCUGGCCUUCAUUAGCUUUGGCUGUCUGGUGGCACCGCCAUUUGGUGGGGCACUUUACCAGUUCGCUGGCAAGGAAGUGCCCUUCCUGAUAUUGGCUCUGGUGUGUCUGAUAGACGGCCUAAUGCUGCUGCUUGUAAUGAAGCCAGUCAAAGAACAGCUGGCCCAGAGCAGAGAAGUCAAACAGGAGACCAUACCCAUUUGGCGUUUGCUAAUGGAUCCCUAUAUUGCUGUGUGUGCCGGCGCCCUGACCAUGUCCAAUGUGGCGCUGGCCUUUUUGGAGCCCACCAUUUCGCUGUGGAUGGAGGACAACAUGACAACGGAUAACUGGAAAAUCGGCAUGGUAUGGCUGCCGGCCUUCUUCCCCCAUGUCUUGGGUGUGGUGAUCACCGUGAAAAUGGCCCGCAAAUAUCCCCAACAUCAGUGGCUGAUGGCGGCGGGCGGCCUGGCCCUAGAAGGUCUCUCCUGCUUUAUCAUACCCUUCUGCAGCUCCUAUAAAAUGCUCAUGAUACCCAUUUGUGUCAUAUGCUUUGGCAUCGCCCUCAUCGAUACUGCCCUCUUGCCCACACUGGGCUAUUUGGUGGAUGUACGUUAUGUGUCGGUAUAUGGUUCGAUUUAUGCCAUUGCCGAUAUCUCGUAUUCGAUAGCCUACGCCGUGGGUCCCAUUAUUGCGGGAGGCGUGGUUGAGGCCAUCGGUUUUACAGCAUUGAAUUUCCUCAUUGCCUUUUCGAAUUUGCUCUAUGUUCCGGUCUUACGGAAAUUGCGUAACAUUUACGAUUUCAAACCAUUCGAAAAUGAGGCGAAUAUUCUAAUGCAAGAUCCACCGAAUAAGGAAUAUCAGACCUAUGUGAUGCAGGAUCAACAGCCUGUGGAUGGAGAGUUCAAGAAUCAUCUGGAAUAUGGGCAGCAAUAUCAGCAGGAGCAGGAGACCAAUUUGGAUGAGGCGGGUAACUAUGAUUAUCAGUCGGCUCAGGGUGGGGGCUAUCAGCAGCAAGGUGGCGGUGGUGGUGGGGGUUAUCAACAGGAUUCGCAAUAUCAACAAUCAUAUCAGCCGGGCUACCAGGAGCAGGGUGGCAUGUAUCAGCAGCAGCAGCCCAGCUCAGAUGGCAGACAUCUUCCUCAACAAAGAAUGGCAAAUCCCUUUCAACAGCAACAGCAGCAACAACAACAGCCGGCCCCAGCACCAAGUGGUCCAGCAAAUCCCUUCAGACAAGGAUUUUAAACUGUUGUCUUACACAAAAUUAGCGGUAAUUUAUUUUUGUUUCUAUUUCAUUGAUCGUUUAGCAUUGAAAUUUCGUUAAAAAGAGAAAACCCCCCAAAAAAGAAAGAAAGAAAAGAAAAACGAAAUAGGCGUUUCUAAUAGUUAAAUAAAAAAAUAUGUUUUUGUUGAAAGUUUUUUUGUCUUCAGUUAAAUAUAAUUAACAAUGUUAAUGGUUAAACUAAAAUUAAAAAUAACAAAAGAAGUGGUUCUAUUACACUAUAACAUAGUUAAAUCUUAUAAGAAAAAAAAACAUAAAACCAAGAAAAAUAACUAGAUAAUCUAAAAAAAUUACCAAAUGCAGAAGAUAACCCACUUUUUUAUAUAAAAAUGUAUUAUACACCAAUGAAAUGAUAUCUAUAUACAAAAAAUUUUCCCCCCAAAAAACACAUUCACACAAUUUAUUCUACUCUCCUAUCCUAUUUGUCUUAUAACAAAAAAAGUAUAAUAUUUAAAUAUAUAUAUUUAUAAGUUAUUGAAAAAUAAAACCCAUGUAUUUAUCAAUUAGUUGUAAGGAAAACAAAAAUGCCCCCCUCAAAGAAGCAACAACCAUUAUCACAAACAUAUCAUUAGGAUUUAAGGCAUACUUUUAGGCAAAACAAAUAUUUAUAUAUAUACUCAAUAUAUAAAACAUAUAGUUAUACACAUUCACUUCAAAUAUAUCAAAUGUAUGUUUGGCAUAUGUACAUCAUCACGGCAUAAAAAGCUUAUGUGGCACACAUACAUAAAAUGAAUACAUAUAUAACAUACAUAUGCAUUUUCUAUUUACAUAUCAAUCUUGAAAUGCAAAUCGAAAAAUUAUCAUAGUUGUAGGAAAAAAAAGAGAAAUAUAUUAGAAUAUUUUA